AUGUUUAAGAAAAGAUUCUCCAGUCUGCUCAAAGGUAAUCGCAACUCCAUCGACGCCGGCUCCUCCACCAGCACCACCACCGCCGUGCUCGGCAGCUCGAGCAACAACUUCGCGAAUGCACUCGCCGACUCUCCCGAAGCAACGUGCGCGCGUGCCAUUACCGCUUUUUGCGAGAGCGGAAAUGCCAGCGCUGGCGGAGAAGAGGUGCUUCACCUGCCUGUGAUUGUGGACGCCGCCGAAUCGUCGCCCGCCGCCGCUGCCGCCGCUGCUCAUCAGAUUCGUAACUUUCUGGGCAAAGAGUAUGCAAAGAAGCCACACAUUCAGUACAAUGCCAUUAUGCUGCUGCGCAUCCUCACCGAUAACCCAGGCCCAUCGUUUACACGCAACUUUGACAAGUCAUUUGUGAGCACCGUCAAGGAUUUGUUGCGCAACACCAAGGAUGUCGGUACGCAGCAGAUUGUCCGUGAGACACUCGAUGCGCUGGAGGUGAACAAACAGCACGAUGCCGGACUUCAGGGCUUGCUGGCAAUGUGGGCAAAGGAGAAGGGAAACAACGCAUCGCUUUCACGCGGUAGCGCUAUAUACCAGCAACCAGGACCCCUGCCAGGCUUUCAUGGAUCGCAUGAGCGGAGUAGAAGGAGUAGACAGCUCCCGAAUGCUGUGGAGUUGGCCAGCCGGGUGGAAGAGGCGCGGAACACGGCCAAGAUUCUGCUCCAGCUUGUACAGUCGACGCCCGCCGCUGAGCUGCUCAACAAUGAGCUCAUCAAAGAGUUCAGCGAGCGUUGUCAGAGUGCCUCGCAUAGUAUGCAGGAUUAUAUUGGCUGCCAAGACCCAGCUCCCGAUCACGAUACGAUGCAGACGUUGAUCGAGACCAACGAGCAGCUAAGUCUGGCGAUGAGCCGUUAUCAGCGAGCUGUGCUGGCGGCGAGGAGGGAAAUGGGCAUUCCUGCUAGCCCUCCGGCUGUGCAAGAACCGAUAGGCCACAGCGCGUUUGCACCCUCACCGCCAUCGCAGAAUAUGUCAAUCUCGCAACCAGGACUCGGAGCUUCACCUGUCAACGGGUGKCAGUCUCCAGCGGGUCCUCCGCCAUCUGCGCAGCAGCAACGGCAAACAGAGGCGACCGCACAGAAUCCCUUCGCCGAUCCAAUGGAGCAGCAACAAAGCACAAGUGCUUUUUCACAACCGCCUCAGGCCUUUAGCAUUGACUCCGGAGCAAUCCACACAAAUCAAUACCAUCAACGCGACGAGCUCGAAAACACAUACUCGACGGGAGAAGACACACGCACGCCCGUCUCUCAACCGUCGCCAAUCUUCCAGCGCUCUAAUGGUCAAGUGGAAGCCCCAAGACCCGUCAGUCCGCAGUCCCCGCCACGUCCAGGGCCAGGACCAUACCACCAGAGCGAGAUCUCUCAAAGCUAUGUUGGAAGACAAUCCAGCGCGGCAAACGGCCUGACGAUGCAUGGAGCGGCAAGUGCAGAGCAGGAACAGAAUAGCAUGACUAGCCGAGGAAGAGGGUACUAG